CUCCAGUCUUCAGGCGAGCGGUCCAACCGGCUCGGACGCGCAGUUCGCGGUUCUCGGACCGCGCUUCGCCAUGUUCUCGGAGGGAGCUCCGCCGAAGCGAGCGAGAGGAGGAGAGCGCCAGCCUCUGCACCCCGAGUUGUUGGUCCUUGUGCUCGAUGCGCGGCUUCUUGCUCUAGAGGUGGCGCAGCAGCCGGCGUUUCCCGCAGUGUGGGAGAGCCUCUUGCUCUUCCUCCGCGCCUUUGUGGCCCUCAACUCCGACCAGAAGGCGGUGAUGCUGCUGGCCGCCGACACCGCCGUGGCCCUCUCCGAGAUCGAGACGGGGCCCGCGGACUGGGAGGCGGCCCGGCGCAAGCUGCUGGAGGCGCCGGCUGUGUCGACGCCGUGCACGGCGGCGGCGCUGGGCUGCGGCCUGUGCCUGGCGCAGCGACAGCUCGCGCAGAACCGUCAGCUGCAAGCGCGUGUCCUGGUCAUUGAUGCCUCCAGCAGCGAGGUGGACUAUACCCAGCAGAGCGCCGGGCUGGUGAGCUGCGCCUUUGCGGCAAAGAGUCAGGGCAUCUUGAUCGACGUACUGGCUGUCAACUGCGGCGACUUCCUGCUGCGCCAGGUGAGCUUGUUGGCUGAGGGGAAGUUCGCGCACCUGCCGAACCCCCCGAAGCCCGGCCAGCCGCCCCUGGCGGAGGCGCUGGCGCCGUUGAUGCUGUUCCACUUCCUGGCCAGCCGCGCGGUGCGGAAGCAGCUGGCCGUUGCCACGGACCAGCAGCACCUGCCUGCGGUCUGCUUGUGCCACCAACAGCCCCAAGCCAUUGGCUACGUGUGCUCCUGCUGCCUGGCCAUCUACUGCUCAGACGCCUCCGCCAUUUGCCAGUGCUGCGGCACGCGCUUCAAGCGCCACACCAACGCGGACCCCAAGAUCAAGGACGGCCGCUUCCUCGAGGAAGUCUUCGAAGACGGACGAAGAGACGCGAAGUUGGAGAAAAGCGACGGCGGCGUUCGGAAAGACAGCGGAGCCUCUCGCGCCAUCGACCGCGACGCGGCCUCGCGCGCCAUCGGCGCGAUGGGCAAUUCUGCCCUGGCAGUGAAGGGCAUCGAAGCACUUUGCUGCAACUCCCUGGAAGGAGAUGGGCAAGAAGACAUGAUCAGCCCUGACCUAGCGCAGGCGCUGUUUAUGCACGAGGUGCCGGUUCACGUGAACGCCACCAUGGAGGAGGAAGUCGGGCAGGCGGUGGCAAGCCUCAAAGAGAGCCGGCCGCGGCGCGGGCUUGCGGACGAGGACGACCGCAGCCGGCGGCAGCUGCUUAGUGCCGUCCAGAACGACGAUGCGCCAGUCGUGCUACAAUUCGUGGCGGACGGCGUGGCAGCAGCCGGUAUGGGCGAGGCUUUGCGCCUGGCGGCGGGCCGCGGCAGCGCCUCGGUGGUGCGGGAGCUGGUGGCAGUGGGCCUGUCCGUGAACGACGGCUGCCGCGGCACCGGCUACACGCCGCUCCACUUGGCCGCCGCGGGGGGCCACGUGGUCGUCUGCGAGCUGUUGCUGGACGCCUUGGCAGACGUGCACAAGCAAGUGGACGGCAUCACCGCCUUGAGCUUGGCACGCAAGAUGGGCAACAUGGAGGUGGAGGAGGUGAUCGAGCGGCAUGUGGCUACACUGCUCAUGCAGGAUCAGGGCAACGUGGCGGACGAGGCGGCGCAAUACCGCCGCGCGCAUGUUCUCCCUCGGGUGUCCGCGGGCGCCUGA